UCCAAAGCCGAAACAUCAGUAUUCUCAGCCCUCACUCAAAUUGGGGGCUCUAUACAGGUGAAGGCGAGAGCCGUUGAUAAUGAAAGAGACGACCCGAAAUCCAGAGAGGAGCGAGGAUAGCAACGACCUCGCGUUCUUCACAUACGAUGAGAAGCGAAAGCUCGGGUACGGGACUCAGAAGGAGAGGCUGGGCAAGGACUCGGUUAAGCCAUUCGACGCUUGUUCCCUCUGCUUGAAACCCUUGAUCGAUCCUAUGUGUUGCCAGAAAGGCCACGUCUUCUGCAAAGAAUGCAUUCUCGAGUGCUUGUUGUCUCAGAAGAAAGAUAUUCAAAGGAAGCUAACUGCACAUGCUGCUCAGCAGAAGCAAGAAAAAGAUGAGGAAGAGGAGAAGUUAAUGCUGCAAAAAGCCAGAGAGCUUGAUGCUUUUGAUCAGCAAAACCACGGCGCUGUACCACAAUACAGUGAUAAGAACUAUAACAAGGGCAAGAAUGGCUUCCACGGUGCAAACAGUGUGAAGGCCACCUCUUAUGAGGAGGAAGCGCUGCGAACCAUGAAAGCAUUUUGGCUUCCCUCUGCCACACCAGAAGCUCCUGCUAAGGUAGAAGCUCCAUCCACCGGUACAACCUGUCCCGAAGGCAAGGAAAAACUCAAGUUGAAGACCCUUUUCCCAAUCUACUUUACUGAAGACAGUUAUGAUGAUGAGAAAUCGAAUUAUCUUGAGAAGACUUAUAUCUGUCCUAGCUGCAAGGUCACCCUUACCAAUACACUGUCACUUGUGGCCCUAAGUUCUUGUGGGCAUGUCUUUUGCAAGAAGUGUGGAGAUAAGUUCAUGGCUGUCGAUAAGGUUUGUCUUGUCUGUAACAAAGGAUGUAAAGAGAGGAAUUUGGUUCCCCUGGAAAAAGGAGGGACAGGUUUUGCUGGUCAUGAUGAUCAUCUGGUAGCUACAGAUUUCAAGCAUUUGGGUAGCGGUUCUGGUUUGGGGCUGGUGAGGCCUGCAAUGAAGACAUGAAAUGAAUUUGCAUCGAGAUGAUUGACUCCAACGGUUUGGGACUGGUGAGGCCGGUGAUGAAGACAUGAAAUGAAUUCACAACGAUGAUUUAGUCCAAUGUUGUACACAAUAAUUUGCUUUGGUUAAUAUGAUUUGCUUUGUUAAUCUGCCAUCCUUUGAACUGUGUAAUUGUUUAGUAAUUUUGAAAUAUUUGGAAACAUCAUUUUGGUAUAUUGAUAUUUGUAUGAUGUUUUUGGAUUAAUCAAAUUAGUAGUUAUGGAAUGAAUACUUAACUUGGUGGAA